AGAGGGGAGGUCCUUUCAGCCAGGAAGGUAUUUCAGCAGACACAAUGCGAUCGAUAUUUUGACACAGUGAAUAAUUGUCGCGUGUGUAUAUGCCCAUGCAAUACCAUUAUAGAACACGUACGAGCUACAUUAGCUUACCAUCUUCUUAGCAACUGUGUUGCCGCACGAUGUCCCUGUCUGUCCAGAAAUCAUUUUGGUUCCUGAUUCUGUGUAUUUUCUCUCAUGACGUUGUUGCAAGAAGAGUUAGGCGCAAUGUUCUCUUCAUCAUGGCUGAUGAUUUGAGACCAACAUUAGGAUGCUACGGGGAUCCUGUUGUAAAGUCACCAAACAUUGAUCAACUUGCCUCUAAAAGUAAUGUAUUUCACAACGCAUAUGCCCAGCAAGCAGUGUGUGGACCAAGUCGGACCUCCUUACUAACAAGUCGUAGACCUGACACAACCCGGUUAUAUGACUUUAAUUCCUACUGGCGAGUACAUGCGGGAAACUACACCACUCUCCCUCAGUACUUCAAGUCAAAGGGCUACACCACCAUGUCGGUUGGAAAGGUUUUUCACCCAGGCAUAGCCUCUAAUCACUCGGAUGAUUACCCGUACAGCUGGUCUGUACCUCCUUAUCAUCCUCCCUCUUUCAAGUAUGAAAAUAUGAAGGUUUGCAAGGGCAGUGAUGGCAAACUGCAUGCCAACCUGCUGUGCUCUGUGAAUGUGUCCGAAACCCCUCUGGGGACACUGCCUGACAUGGAGAGCACAGAGGAAGCCAUCAGGCUGCUCAAGUCCACCAGAGAUUCUGACAAACAUUUCUUUCUGGCUGUUGGAUUCCACAAACCUCACAUUCCCUUCAGAAUCCCACAGGAGUUCUUGACACUCUAUCCCCUGGAUAAGAUUACCCUGGCUCCAGAUCCUGAUGUUCCUAAAGGCCUCCCCAGCGUGGCCUACAAUCCCUGGACUGACAUCAGGAAAAGGGAAGAUGUCCAAGCGCUAAACAUCAGCUUCCCAUAUGGGCCAAUCCCAAAGGAUUUCCAGCUCCAGAUUCGACAGCACUAUUAUGCGUCUGUGUCAUACAUGGACUCCCAAGUGGGCCGGUUGUUGAAUGCUCUGGAUGAUCUGGGACUGGCUGAAGACACUGUUGUGGUCUUUACAUCUGACCAUGGAUGGUCACUAGGGGAGCAUGGGGAAUGGGCCAAAUACAGCAACUUUGACGUGGCCACUCGCGUUCCCCUAAUGUUCUACGUAGCGGGUAUGACUGCAGUCCGUCCUUGGCCAGAGGACGAGACCUUUCCCUACAUGGAUGUGUUUGGCCCAACACAGCAUCACUUCACACAAGGAGGAACGGAGAGCAAUGUGAACGAGCUGCUAGAUGUCUUCCCCACCGUGUCCGUCCUGGCUGGGCUGAAGCCCCCACUCCCCUGUCCCGACAACUCCUUCAACGUGGAGGUCUGCACAGAGGGACAGAACCUGGCCUACACCUUCAACCACAACAACAGCAGGAACUCUGAGGCCAUUGCCUGCAGCCAGUACCCCCGGCCCGCAGACACCCCCCAGGAGAACUCUGACCUGCCCGACCUGAAGGACAUCCGGAUAAUGGGCUAUUCUCUGCGCUCCUGGGACUAUCGCUUCACCCUGUGGGUGGGCUUCGACCCUGCUAGCUUCCAGGCUAACCUGUCAGACGUGCACGGUGGGGAGCUGUACCUCCUGGAGGAAGACCCAGGCCAGGACCACAACCUGUAUAACAGCUCUGAGCACAGCCUGCUCCUCCGCAAGCUGAGCCAGAGCCAUCAGCAGCCCUGGGCCCAGACCCUCAAACAACACCUCCUAUACCUCACUGCAGGGACCAAAUCUAAAGGGAUGGCAUGAUGCUUUGUUUGGGUAAUGAACUAUUUAUAAGGGAAGGUCUUCAUUUUUGCUGUAUUCAUAAGGGAUGUUUCCAUUGUAGGCAAGUACCUGGAACUAGAUUAUGAUUCACAUUUUCUUUAGGUAGUUUGUAGUUAGGAUAUUAUGUACUGUAGGUUAACCAAUCUACAAUACAGGGAUUUAAGGUGCAAGCAUUAUCUUAGCAUUUCUGAAUGUUGGUGGUAACAUUCAAUGGCAAGGAUUUGACUCGAGCUCUAAAUUGAACAUAAAAUGAGCUCCAUGGAAACCACCAAGAUCACUCCCUUUGAUCCCUGUUCACUGGUUAUUAGUAUGCUAGGUUUGAGACGAGUAGAUUUAUUUUGCAAGCAUGAAGUAUGAUUUCCUAAGGGACUGUAACAAACUGCAAUGGUGAAAUGCAUUAUAUAGCCUAUUCUUUCACCUAGGGAAAAGAUGACAAAUCACUUGGAUUUGUUGGUCAUUAGGGCCAACAUGGGGAGGUCUUGGUGAACAUGCUGUACUGUAAAACUAUCCACUUUCAUGCUUUGCACAUAGAUGUUAUUUAUUGACACUGUAUAGAUAUUUUUUUGAAAUAUGUUGUACAAGUAUAUGCAUUUCAAAAUGUAUCCAAUCCAAAUAA